CCAGAGCAUGCACUGCGAACAUAUCCAAUUAUUCCCCUUGAAGCACCAAACACUUGCCCGUGAUAUAUUGGCCCCAUGGUAUUGCCAACCAGCCAGCACACACACUUUGUCACGGGAUCUUUAUAUCGGUCUGUUGUGUUCAGGGAUAAACACCAGAGAGAUCUUCGUUAAUAAAUUACGAGUAUUAUGAGCAACCACUUAAAUGAACUUUCUAUAUAAAGCCUAUAGUCCCACUACGACCUCAUUGCAAUCAAGUGGAAGAGUGAAUAAGAUUUAAUUAACAUGGAGGGAUACAAGAUGAAGGUUAUGAUUGUGGGGAUGGUGUUGGGCAUGGUGAUGAUUGGGAUGGCCAAUGGGCAAUAUUACUCGUUUUGUCGCAUGCCCAGCGAUGGGAUGGCGGCAUGCAAGCCGAGUGUGAGUGGAGACAACCCUGUUGAUCCUUCCACUGAUUGCUGCUCAGCCAUUGCUAAGGCUGAUCUUAAAUGCUUCUGCCGCUACAAGGAUUCGGGACUUCUCUCUAUGUAUGGCGUUGAUCCCAACAAGUGCAUGGAACUCCCUGUUAAAUGCAAGGUUGUGGACUCUUUCCACUGCUAGAUUAUUAGUCAAUUCGUCAGGGGGCACUAAUUACUAUAAAAUACACAACAUGGGCACUUAAUUAUAGAUGUAGUCAAGUUGCCCUUGUUAAUUUGCUAGCUUCCCCUUUUUCUGUUUCUUAUUUUCCAACGUGUUUGUUGCAAAUGUUAUGGAUCAUGGCGACUUUGUUUUUGUUUGUUGUUGUUGUUGUAACUUGUAAUUGUGUGAUUUCUCUGUUUCUCUACUUUAGUUUUGGUUAUAAUAUUGUUACGUGCAACUUCAUUUUGGUUUGUUGUGAA